UAGGAAACAGACAGUAGGCAGGAAACCACGUCUUGGAAGUGUAAACAAAACAACGGUCUCAUUCUGUACAACCUCCAUGCUGCAAUCAAUAAUUUUUGAAUUGACUUCUUUACUUUCUUUGUAGACUGGUUUCUGUGUGGUAUAUUGUUCCUCCUCCAAGAAAUUCUGUACUCUUGUUUCUGGGUUUAUUGAUGUACAUUUUAGUUUGCCUUACUUCAUGAUGGUUGUGCAUCAGCUUCUUGAUAGGUUUUGGUCUCAGAUGUAAAAUCACCUUAUUGUAGUCCAGGUGUCUGAUAUAUAUGCCAGGGCAUUAGUCAAUAUCACAUGCAUUAGUGAUGUGUGAGCAUGCAGCUUCCUGACAAAAGGAGGUAACCAUUACUGUAGUUCUCUGGGUUGAUGGAGUAUGGGAGUAUGAUGGAAGCAUCAUCUGUGAUAACACUUAAUGAUGAAGGUAACAGAGCUGACAGCUGUAGUAAGGGAAUACAGCAGGCUACCAGCUGGACUUGCUCGUCAGAGAAAAAGAAAUCACUACAGGAUGAGAUAUCACGAUUUUCAGCGGCAAAGCAAGAUACAGUCAUGAAGAAUAAAGAACCUGAAUCUUGGCGGAUAGAGAUUCAGGAACAGAUUGAGCAAGAGAUAGCCCAGCGUGUGCGUGAGGCUUUGGAUACGCCACCAUUGGAAAGAAUUCGUCGCAAUAGGGAGAAAGCUAAAAUACGUCGGUUGCAACAAUUGCAACAUGCUAACCGAUCACAAUCUGUAACAGCAGCGGGGGAGAUGAAAGCACAAAAAGCUAAGAAACGUGCAAAGAAAAAAUACUCGCCGUAUCGCCAAAUAGCAAGCACAACAAUACAUGAUUCAGAGCAUACCGCAGAUGACGAUGACAUUGAAACGAACAGAGUCGUAACAAAAAAAGUGGGUAUGUCCAGUCAUUUCAAGAACUUGCAACAAAAAAUGAGCUGGAUGAGCCAUACUUCUGCAUCAUCUCAGCAAUCUAUGAUGCAGAUGAUAUCGCCAACGACAACAGCAGUAACAACCACUGCUCUGUCAGCUAGUACCGGUAUACAUGACCAUAGAUAUACCAAGAAAGAAUUUCAGGCUUUUGUGGGUCACCAGAACAGGAAAAACGGGAAAACUAAGGACUGGUUCCAGGAUGAGAAUGGGGUAUUAUCGACAGUUGAUGGUCCGUUCUGGCCUCCUGAGUAUUCCCCUAUCCUUCCAAAACCACUUCAUAUUUUGCAGCUGCCAAAGAAUUUUGAACCCCUUUCAGAUAAUGUUCCCAUGAAUGGGAGGACAGUCCACAAUCAACGUACCAAAUGGUUUCGUCCGUGGGAUGGAUCGCUCAUUGUUUAUGAUUCUGAACGCUCAUCCCGAACCAACACUGUACUUGAUGUACCAGAUGGCUGUUGUUCAAGUCUGCUUUUUGAGUCACGUUUUGAGUCUGGUAACUUGAGGCAAGCAAAACGAGUAGGUCAGUUUGAGUAUGAGCUUCUUUUAAAGACAGACUUGUACACAAACCGUCACACUCAAUGGUACUACUUUCGUAUUCAAAACAUGGUGCCUGGUGUAACUUAUAAAUUUAGCAUCGUCAACCUACUCAAGCGCGACAGUCUGUAUAACCAUGGUAUGCGGCCCCUCUUAUACUCUGAGCAGAAAGCCCAAAUGAAGAAAGUAGGUUGGAUCCGUUGUGGACAUCAUAUAGGGUAUAGGCGUAAUUAUUCCUGUACAAGAAAUCCACUUCUUCAUCCUGAAAUGACAUACUACAUUCUAGAAUGGCAAAUGGAAUUUGAGUAUGAAGAUGACACUUGUUACUUGGCGCAUUGCUAUCCUUUCACUUUCACUGAUCUUAAAGAGCACAUCGAAUCAAUCAUUGCUGAUCCACAUAGAGGGCGAUAUUUAAAACGGGAAGUGAUGUGUGAGACAAGAGCUGGAAAUAGUUGCUUUCUUUUAACCAUUUCGUCUUCUAAUGGGGAGCAUGUUGCAGACUCAAAUAAAAAGGGCGUUGUAAUUACAGCAAGGGUGCACCCAGGAGAAACAAACUCAAGUUGGAUCAUGAAGGGAGUCAUUGAUUUCCUCACUAGCUUAGACCAAGAGGCUCAGGAAUUACGAAGGAACUUUAUAUUCAAAAUUGUGCCAAUGUUGAAUCCCGAUGGGGUGAUAGUUGGUAAUUAUCGGUGUUCAUUAGCUGCAAGAGAUCUCAAUCGGAAUUAUAGAAACCCUCGUAAAGAAUCCUUCCCAACUGUCUGGCACACUAAACAGAUGUUGGAAAAGUUCUCACGGCAACGAGAGGUGCUUGUGUACUGUGAUCUACAUGGCCACAGUCGCAAACAUAAUGUGUUUAUAUAUGGAUGUGAUGCUAAAGGAACUCAAGCUGAUCCUGGCAACUUUCUGUGUCUUCGUCUUUUCCCUUGGCUGAUGGCACGAAAGGCACCUGAUAAAUUCACCUUUAGAGGAUGUAAGUUUCAAGUUCGAAAGUGCAAGGAGUCGACAGGGCGUGUGGUGAUGUGGCGUCAACUAGGCAUAGCAAACAGCUUCACCCUCGAGGCCACAUUCUGUGGUAGCAAAAACGCUGCAUCCUCAUCGAGACACUUCACUCUCAAAGACUUUGAAGAGCUUGGCCAUCAGUUUGGACAAGUUAUACUACAAUACCACACAGCUAAGAAUAAUCAAAGUUUACAUUCUGAAUUAAUCCUGGAAAUGACAAGAGAAAUUACCCAUCAGGUGCUAAGGGAACGUGGUAUGAUGCCAGAUCAACUAAUUGAUUAUUGUAAACAAGGAAUAAAAACUGAUGUUGAGAAGGAGAGUGAUUCUAGUAGCUGUGAACGUGAUUUGUUGAAAGAUGGGCAAGUGAAGGUGAAGACGUUGAUUAAGCAGAUCACGGAAGAGACGUUUGAAGGCUGCAUCGGCAUUCUCCAGGACAUUGAUGCCAUCCAGGAAUUUGCAGAAUCAGAGACAAGUGAUAGUGACAGCGGGUCUGAGUCAGAGAUGCCAGCUUCUCAGUUCACUGUUGACAUGCAGACAAAUUCCAAAUCAAGAAGUAAAAAGCGCUCCAAGAACAGAGCUAAGAGUGUGCCAAUGCUCCCAGAGUUACAAAAAAGUACAAAGCAGAAAUUAAAAAAGUUAGACAAGAGCACCGACCCCACUGGUAAUCACAAAAAGUUUACUAAAGGGCCAGGAGACCACCAGACCUACAGUAGUUUUCCCCGGCUUACCCCGCACAAACUGAUCCGUAUCAGCCAUGUUCGAAACUCCAUUGAAGGAUCACUCUCGCAGAAAAACGUCAGAGAAUAUUGGAAGAAAUCGCAGGUCUCUACCAACCACGCAACCAAACCAAGUUCAAAUUCAGGGAGAAUAUCCAAUGGCUUCUUAAAACCCAAGUAUCCGGCAUUUGUAAACCGCUACAUUGGACGUAGUAACGGUGGUAUUCCCACAUAUGCGAGUGAACGUGUGGGUGAACGUGCUGCGAAGAGAAUGGUGUCUGUCAAUGUAAAUGAUGCUAGCAAGAAAGUGUUAAGUAAGGAGGAGGAAGAGUAUGCACGUCUUGUGGCUUUAACAAGAGAAAUACAGAUACGCACAGAAGAGGCUCCAUAUAAGUUAGCAGACCCGAAUAAUCUGGAUUCUUCAACAGGUGGUGCGAUGGUCUUUAAGCAGUCAUACACACAUGCAGGACCUGGAGUUUUAAGAGGGCCUGCUUCUUUAGCACAAGAUACUACCAAACUUUUAUCUAGUGGUCAGACUUACAACAUUGAAUCAAUUAAACUACAAAAAAUGAUUCUCAAUCAGCAAAACCCAAAAGAGAAUAUGAUCCUGUCAGAACCAGCUGCUUUGACCAAAGUCAGCGGUUUUCCUCAUUGGCAGAAGCACAGUAGCUCUACAGAACUCACUGAGAAAAUCUUGCGGCCAAACUCAUUCAUUGGUUAUUCAAAAGACCUGCGGAUGCCUGUGACCAACGGGUCUGAUGUGUGUACUUGCUUCGAAUGCCAGGAGGUUGGGAAGGUCAGCACAAGUGAUUCUAAAUGUCAUAAAAACCAUACUCAUUACUCAAAGAGUAAUGCGGUUCCCAGCCUCCAUAAUAAAAUUUUGUCACAAGCGGACAGUCAGAAGACUUCUACUUGCAAGAAUCCUUUGUUGGUCACCAAUAGCGGUACCUUGCAUGCUGAUAAAAGCAUUGAUGUCAUACAGAAACAGUAUUUAUUGUUCUUAAAUGGACAAUCAAAAAUGUCAAGCCAGGCUGCAGAUAAAUAUGUGCAAGGGUUAAAUAAAGGGCUUCAGUCUGGUGAUGGGAAUACUACCAAGGACAGAAUGAACAGUGUUGAAAAUAACAAGCAUCAGUCCAGAUGGUCAUGUGAAUAACAAAUUUGAGGUCAUGUGACUAUAAAGUUUGCAGCUAUGUUAACGUAUCAACAAAAAUAUUGAUCAAAAUCAAUGCACUAUGCAUGUAUUGUAAUAGACCUUUCCGAAGUGUCAAUCAUACCUAACAACUGACCAAUCAAAACACAGCCAGGAAUAUGUGCAUGCCUUACAAAUACAUGUGUUGUCCCACAAACACACAUGUUUGCAUAUAUUAUGUUUACACUGUCAUUUUCAGACUUCCCAAAAUCCCUAAAAUGAAUUUCCGUAACUAUGUCUUCAGCUUUCAUUAUUUAAUGACGUCAGACAACGUGUAGAGCCAUUUCUGGGUCCAGGACAAACAUAAAUUUGCGUAGUGUCUGUCUAUUUCCGUAAUACGCCAUAAUUCAGCAAAAUUUUCAUGGCAACUACGGACGUUCCGUAGUACUUGAGAACUCUGCGUUUUGUGGCACCUUAGCAAGAAUGUCCAAGGGGCGGCACUUAGCGGAAAAGUCCACUGAAUUUCCGCCACAUACCGCAGUCCUGUGCCACAUAUUUCAAUGUGUGCUACUGAUUUUCUUCCACUUCAAUUUUCUAUUAUUCCAAAAGAUGUUCCCUAAGUUACAUGCUCUCAGUUUUUCCCACCCCAGUUUUCCCCCCACCCCGAAGAGAAGAAAAACCACAAUUCGUCAGGGAGAAAAAAAAAAUUAUAUGUAUUUUAUACAUAUUAUAUCAUCUGUAUAUAAAAUCGAUUAAAUAAGGGUCUGAAACCCCUAAAUUGUUUUUAUUGGGGGGUUCUGCGACCUGGACCACUUCAGAAACAUUUUAAUCGACACCCAACCACACCUACUUUGCUGUCAUUGGGGACCUUGCCCCUCCCCCAAAAUUGUACCUUGCCCCUCUCUUGACCCACAGAUUUGAGACGCUGACACCGCCACUGCAUGCUCUGUUCUCCAUGGUUUUGUCCUUCACCACUCAUUUCCAUUUUAACAUACAAAGUGCAUUUGUAAUGUUCCCAAGUUGAGAGAAGCAAGCGCUAGGAAGAUCUGGUCAUUGAGCUUGGGAAAAUGUAACAAGUUUUGGAUUCUUAUGACUUGCCAGAUAUAUUGUUUCGUCUUUAUAAUAGAUUAUAAGUAUGCAGCUGCACAAAAUAUAAGCCUAUUUCUAGACAAUCAAAUGCAAGUAUUUUUUUUAUCAUAAUCAUAUUAUAAUGAUCAUAUGGACAAUAAUGAUCUUUAUUGCAUAAUAUUGUGUAUUCAAAUAACCAAACCAUCUUGCAUUUGCUUGUAUUUUUAUAUCAGUGUUUUUCAAUUUGAAUGUGCUUUCAUGUCCAUUUAGCAUUUGAUAGGCAAUUGGUCUCUUCACGUACUAGUAUCAGUAUAAAUCAUGAGGACCUUAAUAAUAUCUGUCUGUGACAAAUUUACAGAUGCACAGAAUGAUACUCCCUGUAGAGUGUGUGCACGUGCUUAUGCAAUAUUUAUGGACUUUAAUGACCAUGUGUUACAAGUAUCAUAAUCUAGAUCAAAUAUGGUAAUGCUAUAAAAUAUCAUUAUUAUUGUUCUUUCAAUAUUGUUGGUUUUGUAUAAAUUCUGUAGGCAUAUAUAUUAGUAUUAGACUUUUGUAUUUCAAUUUUGUUUUUUUAAUGCACCUUUCAGGAUUGUCAAUCAGACUUAACAACUAACCAAUCAGAACACGGCUAUGAAUACGUGCGUGUCAAACAGUCACACAUAUUGUCCCACAAACCCACGUGAAACCCACGUGUUUUCGUAUUUUUUAACACUCUUGGUUUGUGGGACCUUAGCAACAAUAUCCAAGGGGCGGGGCUUAGCGGAUUUACUGCGUAAACUUGCUUUCUCAGCCAAAUUUAAAUAAAUGUGCAAUACUUUUUUUUUUUAAAUAUAUGUAUGUACAAUCUGAACUUCUUUGAAAAUCAUGGUAUUUUGAUCAACAAUAAAAUGCAAAUUUUAGAACAAAA